GGAAAUCCUGUAACCAGUGUAUUAUCUCCAGUACCACGUGUGUAGUGUAUACGCCUUGACUGUCCCUUUUCGAUCACUUUCUCUUUUUUUUCCCGACCUGAUGUGAACACGAAGGAAAAUAAUGUUUCUUGGGAGAUGGUGGCUUAAGCUUGUGUGGUGGAGUUGGUUGGUUUACCUCGUUGCGGCUCAGGAAGAAUGCGGUCCUUGGCUCACCUCCACCUCCAGCAUCGAACUGGAGGUCGACCUUGACCCCAAAGAGAACGCCUUCCUGUGGUUCAAACCCGAGGGAGACUUUGCUCGGGUCACCUUCUUCAUAGUGCCGAGGACCAUCGAACCCUGGUCCUUCGUGGUGACGAAUGCCAGCCUCAUCAAGACCAUAAUCCUGUCUCAGCCCACGGCGAAGAGGCAGGGAAAGAUCGUAGGACCUUUUAUAACGACCACCUCCUUCGGAUUCGAUUCCAUAAGAAAGCUCAGCGUGACCAGCAACAUCACCGUAUUUUGGAAUGUCUGUAACAACCCCUAUGUCUGCGCCACGCCUCCCUCGCCCGACUGUUCCGGAGCCCGUGAUAUCGUGCUCGGCGCCCUUUUAACUGUGGUCUUGGUCGUGGCUGUGGGCGAGGCAGGUUACAUCUGCUACAGGAGAAGGAAGGAGGGGGCGUCUCCUCACUCCGCCAAAGCCACGAUCGAUAGAACGGAUUCGGACACGAUUUACGAAGAAUGGAAUGAUAAUUGGCGGUCGAGAAGAUAAAGAUUGGAAUGAAGAAGGAAGAUAAAGAUAGGAAAUAAGACGGAAGAUAAAGAUUGGAAUGAAGAAGGAAGAUAAAGAUAGGAAAUAAGA